AUGGCUUCCGGCGGCCCCUCCCCCCUCCCGUCCUUCCCCGCCUCCCGCUCCGGCACGCCCUCGUCCGCCACGGCCAACGGCACCAAGAGGACCAAGAUUUGCGUCUACUGCGGUGCCUCGGCCGGCCUGAAGCCCACCCACAUGGAGGCCGCGCGCGCGCUGGCCAAGAUCAUGGCCGAGAACAACAUUGACCUGGUCUACGGCGGCGGCACAGUCGGCCUCAUGGGCGAGGUGGCCAAGUCGCUCGUGGCGCUCGCAGGCCCCGACGCGGUCCACGGCAUCAUCCCCGAGGCCCUCGUGCGCUUCGAGCGCGACGACACGUACCAGUCGGUCAACGGCGACAACAUGCGCAUCCCCGAGGAGGCCGUCUACGGGCGCACGACGGUCGUCAAGGACAUGCACACGCGCAAGCACAUGAUGGCCCAGGAGGUCUUCGCCGGCGGGCCCGGCUCGGGCUUCCUCGCCCUCGCCGGCGGCUACGGCACCAUUGAGGAGGUGCUCGAGACGGCGACCUGGAACCAGCUCGGCAUCCACGACCGCGGCAUCUGCCUGCUCAACAUUGACGGCUUCUACGACGGCAUCCUCGCCUGGAUCCGCCGCGCCGUCGACGAGGGCUUCAUCCGCGGCGGCAACGCCGACAUCCUCGUGACGGCGCCCGAUCCCGCCAGUGCCGUCAAAGCCCUCGCCGAGUACAAGGCGCCCUCGUCGACGUUUAAGCUCGAGUGGAACAAGACGUGA